AUGAAUUUAUCAAAUCAUUUACAACUAAUUACGGAUCCGUCAGAUUUCAAAAAUACAAAAUUACCAAUAUUAUCAGAAUUAGAUUUAUUGAAACGUUGUUAUAUAUGUAAAGAAUUUUUUAAAGCACCUGUUAUAACUUCAUGUAAUCAUACAUUUUGUUCGCAAUGUAUUCGAGAAUACUUGAUAUCAAAUAAUUUAUGCCCAUUAUGUAAAACUGAAGUAUUUGAAAGUAGUUUGAAAAGAGAUGUAUUAUUGGAAGAGAUAGUAUUAUGUUAUAAAGAAAUUCGUCCCUAUUUGUUAAAAUUAAUCAAAAAUGAAGAACAGAAUGAAGCCAACGGCACUCAUGAAAAUAAUGGCAAACGAAAACAAGAAGAGAAAGAAGUUCAAGUGGUGAAGAAACCAAAAGUAGAGGAUCCAAAUCUAGUCGAAUGUCCGGUGUGUAAUCAAUUACUCCCGAUGGAAACAUUGCAAAAUACAAAUCAUAUAGAUGAAUGUGGAUUAAAAAGAACAGUUGCAUCAAGAUUAAGAACAAGAAACACAAGCAAACCAUCAUCAAUAUCGUCAUUUUUCAAAUCAAGUCCAAAUGAAUCACCACCAUCGUCACCAAACAACAACCCAAACACAGUUCCAACUAAAUUGGGCCACGAUGAGUAUUAUUUCAAUUCAAAGACAAACGUACCGAUCAAGAGACUAGCAAAACUAGAUUAUUCAUCAUUAACUACUCCCAAAUUGAAAGAAAAAUUAUCAGCAUUGACAUUACCCAUAAAUGGAAAUCGAAAUCAGUUGGAAUUAAGAUAUAAUGAAUACUUUGUUCUUUUUAAUUCAAAUUUGGAUAGUAAUAGACCAGUGUCUGAAAAAGUACUUCUACAGAAAUUGCAGAAAUGGGAAAGUUCACACCUGGCAUUCAAAAUUGUAAGAAAUUCAAUUAGUAAAUCAAUUACUGAUAAGAAUUUUCUGGUUAAGGAAUGGAUGGAUGAAUAUUCUGAUGAAUUUAAAGAGUUAGUUAAACUGGCAAAACAAUCAAUGAAGAAAUCUAAAGAAGUUAAACCUGAAGAAAAUGGUGAUAAUGAUGAAAUGAAGUAA